AAAAUUAAUUGUUUGCUCAUUCUUUUUACUGAAACGUGUUACGUUGAAAAUACAUUUAUAUCUAAUCAAAUUCAAUUUCCAUCGCGUGACGUCAUUGUGUGUUUAUGCCUGUGUAUAAGUUUGUAAAAUAAUCGAUGACGUCAUUGCUGUUUCAAGGCCUGUAAUAUUUUUAGGUCGUUUAAUAUCCAAAACAAAGCCAAUAUUGUGAUCAUGAGUGAGUUGUUGUGCACCUGACUUUUCUUCUAACUUUUAAAACAUGUCAGUUCAGCAGUUCUGUUUAAGAUGGAAUAAUCAUCAACCGAAUUUUAUAUCUGUAUUUUCAACCCUUCUUCAUAAUGAGUCUCUAGUUGAUGUCACGUUAGCAGCUGAAGGAAGGCAUUUGCAGGCUCAUAAAGUUGUUCUAUCAGCAUGCAGUUCUUAUUUUCAGACAUUAUUCACUGUCAAUCCUUGCCAGCAUCCCAUAGUUAUUCUAAAGGAUGUGAAAUAUAUGGAUUUAAAGAUAAUGGUUGAUUUUAUGUAUUAUGGAGAAGUGAAUGUAUCACAAGAGCAACUACCACAUAUAUUGAAAACUGCAGAAAUGCUGAAAAUUAAAGGUUUGGCAGAAAUGCCCGACUCCACAUCUCUAACAAAAUCUCAUAGUGCUUCUUCAGAAAGAGCUGACAUACUAACACCCGGAGAUUCAACAUGGGGCUCUGACACACACAGACAUUCACCAUCACCUGCUCCCCUAUCACCAAACUCGAAAAGAAAAAGGCUGAGAAAAUCUUCAACUGGAUCAACAUCCUUAUCAACAGAACGAUGCAAUUCAGAGGAACAAGUUUUAAUACAGAGUACAACUAGUGACGCUAACUCUGGACUUAUUCGAUCAAAUAAACAUACAGCAAGUACAGAUUCAGACAAUCAACAACCUUUUGAAGGGAGCCAUGAAAUACAUGAGAAUAAUAGGCUAAUUGCUCAAAAAUCUACGGAAUCUGAAUCCAGUGUUAGUGUAGUACAAACCCUUGGUGUGCCUAUGGUGGACAUGGCUGGACCUCCAAUUUCUGGAAAUUGUCCUCAACAGGCUCCACAGCCUGGGUUGCAAUGGACUGUGGUGGAGCAUGCGUAUCCGCGUUUUGCCUUAUCGCAAUGUCAGGCAAAUAUGGAUGUGAGCAGUCCCAGCAACGGUAUGCAGUAUACCAACAAUGCCAACUAUCAACCUCCGCAAGUGAUCAAUGUGAAUUCAUGUUCGGUAUCGGCCGAUAACAAUUAUCAGAUGUCGAAUUCAACUUCUCCCAGCGUCAGUGGCGAGAGUAUAUCGGCUUAUGAUCAACAAACAUCUACAAUAGAUGGAAUAAUGGGCAAUAGCGGUAACCAAACUUCUCCAGUAAAGGCUAAGAGGACAAAGAAUCCUCAAGCCGAUGAGAAUUUUGUGCGAGCCCUGGAGGCGGUCCGAUUCGGUGGUAUCGGAUUCUGUAAGGCUGCUCGUAUGUAUGGGGUGAACAAUAGAACUCUUUGGUUAGAAUUCAAAAAAAGGGGAUAUUCUAAUAACAGGCCUAGUAUAAAAAGUCGAGUAAAACUAGAGACUCCUUCACCCCCGCCUCCUAUGAACAAUGCCACAUCACAACCACUAGCACCUCCACAAUCACUAUCUGCACCUCCUGAAGACAUUCACCAGACUGGCGGUAGUAAUUCUGCUGAUUCUUCACCUGGAGUACCCGUCAUGUGUCCGCCUCCGUCCGGACAUACAAUGGGUGGUGUAAUGGGAUUUUUAGACACACGGCAUGUGGAAUUUUCUCCUGCUGUUGCUAGACCCAGGUUUCAAGAGCCCAUUGCAAUGAAUCAGACUCCAAUAAAUUUGCAUGGAGUGAGCUAUAGUAAUAUCUGAGCUGGGCCACUUGUCUUAGCGGGAUAUAUAGUGCAAUGAUCCGAGCUUUGAAACCUGCUUUGACAAGAAGAAAAGAUAAAACAAAACAAAGUUUUAGUUGGAUCUGAAUUUAUUUUGUGAUAGUUUGUAAGAACU